CCAACUCCUCCGACACACACAGGGGAGCAGCUUUAACAAGACGUCUGUAAAAUAUGGAGUCUUUUCAGUGAAGGGACGGACUAAAAACACGCUGGAUACUUUCCUUGACACUCUUUCCCUCUGGACACUUGGACACUCCUUAAUUUUUGUUCGCUCGAUGUGGACCGAGUUCAGCAGGGAUCCCAGCAGACAGUCCCUGGUGGUUUGUGUAUAGGAAAUGGCAACUGCUCUCAGUGGCCGAAACCCUGGAGGACGAGGACCGAACAGAAGUAAAGGUCGGAUUUUAGGCAUCAUCGAUGCGAUCCAAGAUGCAGUGGGGCCGCCGAAACAAGCAGCUGCCGACCGGCGGACUGUGGAGAAAACCUGGAAGCUCAUGGAUAAAGUUGUCCGCCUCUGCCAAAAUCCCAGACUCCAGCUGAAAAACAGUCCACCAUACAUCCUGGAUAUCUUACCUGAUGCCUACCAGCACCUGCGGCUCACACUGGGAAAAUAUGAGGAGAACCAGAGACUCACACAGCUCAGUGAGAACGAGUACUUUAAAAUCUACAUCGAUAGCCUUAUGAGGAAAUCCAAACGGGCCAUCCGGCUAUUUAAGGAGGGGAAGGAGAGGAUGUAUGAGGAACAGUCACAGGACAGGAGGAACCUGACCAAGCUGUCUCUGAUCUUCAGCCACAUGCUGGCUGAAAUCAAAGCCAUCUUCCCGGGAGGACAGUUCCAGGGGGACACUUUCAGGAUCACCAAAGCUGAUGCCGCUGACUUCUGGAGAAAAUUUUUUGGAGAAAAGACAAUAGUGCCAUGGAAAGUCUUCCGACAGUGCCUUCACGAAGUGCAUCCCAUCAGCUCCGGCCUGGAGGCCAUGGCCCUCAAAUCCACCAUCGACCUCACCUGCAACGACUACAUCUCUGUGUUUGAGUUUGACAUCUUCACGCGCCUCUUUCAGCCAUGGGGAUCAAUUCUGAGGAACUGGAAUUUCCUGGCAGUGACACACCCUGGCUACAUGGCCUUCCUCACCUAUGAUGAAGUCAAAGCCAGACUACACAAGUACAUCAACAAACCUGGCAGUUACAUCUUCAGGCUGAGCUGUACGCGGCUGGGCCAGUGGGCCAUCGGCUAUGUGACCAACGAUGGCAACAUCCUGCAGACCAUCCCCCACAACAAACCGCUGUUCCAGGCCCUCAUCGAUGGUUACAGGGAGGGCUUGUACCUACUUGUCCCUGAUGGUCGCAGCUACAACCCUGACCUCACUGGUUUAUGUGAGCCGACGCCUCAUGAUCACAUCAAAGUGACACAAGAGCAGUAUGAGCUGUACUGUGAAAUGGGCUCCACCUUCCAACUCUGUAAGAUCUGCGCUGAGAACGACAAAGACGUCAAGAUCGAACCUUGCGGUCACCUCAUGUGCACUUCCUGUCUCACGGCCUGGCAGGAAUCAGACGGUCAGGGUUGUCCGUUCUGUCGCUGUGAGAUCAAAGGCACAGAGCCCAUUAUCGUUGAUCCCUUUGACCCAAGGAACGAGGGAACCAAGUGCUUUUUCCUGGACCAGCACAGCUGCCCCAUGCUGGAGCUGGAUGAUGACGAGGACAGAGAGGACUGCCUGGUUAUGAACGGACUGGCUAACAUCAGGAAGCAAUGUGCAGAGCGUCAGAACUCGCCCAUGGUGUCUCCCAGCUCUUCGCCUGUCAGCCAACACAGAAAAGUCCAGGGAGGAGACACCGGCCACUGCGUCCAGCACCUCAGCCUACCCCCUGUCCCGCCACGACUGGACCUCAUCCAGAAGGGCGCCAUCCGGUCCCCGUCUGCCAGUCCCACUGGCUCCCCGAAGUCCUCCCCAGGCGUGUCCAGGAAACAGGACAAGCCUCUCCCAGCCCCGCCUCCUCCCCAGAGGGACCCACCUCCACCGCCUCCCCCUGAGCGUCCCCCUCCCCUCCCCCCCGAGUCUCGUCACUCUUGGCUCCCAGGGUCCUCCUCCUUAUCGUCGUCCAUCUCUUCCUCUACUGGCGCACUGUCAGACUCCCAUAUUCCCCCCGAGACACGCUGUCCUAAAGACAGAGACGCCCACAGGACUGGAUUGGAGCACCCGCUCCAGCUGGAACCUACAUGCCCCUCCCACCUGAACGGAAGGCCGCUCAGUUGUCCGUCUGCUGGAUUUGGGAGGUUUCAUCACAGGAUGGAGGGAGCGGGAACCUCUGAGAGCUCCAAGCCUUUCUCUAACGGUGUGCAAGUCAGCGAGGAGUAUGACAUCCUUCCUUCACGGCACUCGCCAACACAGUCCACGCUUACCUGUAGCCAUAAACCCUCCAACCCUUUCAGCAGUCCCGUGAUAGAACGACAGCGGGGAGCGAUGGAGAGAGCAGAGGACGACUAUCAGGUCCCGUCGUCCAACCUGUGCCUGAGCCAGGCUCCCAUCUGCAUCGCUGUCCCCGGCAGGCACUUGGAGAACGGCUCGCCAGAGCCCUCCAUCGAUGAGAAGAAGUCCCAGCCCCCUGAGCCUGGUGGACACUCUGAGUCGGUCAGGGGCUUGGUCCCGCGGGUGCCACAUACAGCCCCCUGCUCCUUCAUCGCCAACAAGAUCCCCUCAGACUACGACAUUCUGCUGCCCCCACAAGCAUUGGAGGACCCAUUCAACAGCCGCCCUCCGUCCCAGCCUCCCCCUCCACCGGCACGACACAGUUUCAUCGACCUCUCCUCCUCCUCUUCCUACUCUCCGUCCUCAUUCUGCAACUCCUCCACGUCCUCCUCCUCUGUCGUCGCGCGACCACACAGGCCCUCCUCUGGGCACGAGCACUUAUUGUUGACCCCCGACACGGUGUUUGACAUGCUGAACAGUGCUGCUCCUCUGCCUCCAGUCAGACGACACACAGAACAUGUGAAGGGCUCCAGAGGCUGCCUGGAGUACGACCAUUUACCAACCAGUCAAGUAUCGAUGGACUGUUUGCAGGCUCCUGCCAGGCCACCCAAGCCACUGCCCAGGAAGAUCCCUCCGGACAUUCAGCCGGGCAAACCCCACAGUCUGGAGUCGGAGAACGUGGACGCCAAAAUCGCCAAGCUGAUGGGGGAGGGUUACUCCUUCGAGGACGUGAAGCGGGCGCUGAUGAUCGCCCAGUACAAAGUGGACGUGGCCCGAAACAUUCUGCGAGAGUUUGCCUUAGUGGCCCCGAGGCUGAACCUCUAGUCCUAGAGACAGCGACAGGGGAGCAAAUGGAGCUGUGGAGCUGUGCCUCUGAAUGGACUCACUAAAAGGGCUUCUUCAUUCUGCUCGGCCUGGGACUGUUGGAUCUACAGAAAUCAACAGAAAUAUUUCAAGAGCCGUUUGUUGCCGAACAGAGACGACAAUGCACAACAAAGUGGCUACAACCAAAUCACAGUAGAACACAGAGAAUUAAAAAAAGGCGAGAUCUGUGAAUGAUUUAAACCUGUGAAAAAAAGAGAAUACAGCUUGGUGUUGUUUACAGUGAGCUUUGCCGGUGCUGGCCUCUGGUUUCCAAACGCUCCUGUUUGUCUCCAGGCGCAGACUUUAUACGCCUGAUUCGAUCCUGCUACUGCUGCUACUGUUCCUUCCACAUCCUGCCACUCUCCUGAUUACAUUUGAAGGGCCUUUCAACAGAAAAAAGACAUCUCCAGCUCUUUUUAGCUUAACCCUUUGAAAUCACCUUUUUUGUGUGCUGCAUUUG